AGCGCAGCACCGCCGUAGGAAGAAGAGCUGCGCUAACGCGACGGUAGCUAGCUAGGAUUUUUUUUUUAUUAUUAUUUAUUUUAUUUUAUUUUUUUAAUCCUGCUUCAAAAUCAAGCACUGGGAAUUCGACAGCGAAAAACUGAGAAGAUGACCAAGUUGCAGCUGUUGCACCGAGCUCUAAACGAGCGGCUGAUGGCGGCGGUGGAGCAGAUCAUGGAGAUGGUGGGCGGCACAGUGCUGGAGUAUGAAGAGGAGACGGUGAGAGCGCGCAAAGAGAACGAGAUCCUCAGACGGAGGCUCCGGUGGAUGGAGGGCGAAAAUCCGACCGACUGGCCAGAUCCCGCUUUUUCCGUCCCUGGUGAUUCCAGCCUGACAGACACACUAGCCCUAGAGUCCCUAAUUAUCAAAACGGAGCCCAUUGACUCACAUGAUUUCCAGUUAUAUGGACCUGACACAAGUCUCACAGCAUCAGUAUGCACUGCCAAUAUAGAAGUGGUAUAUCCUGGUACCAGUGCUCCUGCUGAAGCUGGCAUUCCUGACGGUAUUGUAUGGGACUCUGCACAAAGCUAUAUGGCUCCGUUAGACUUUGACCCCACUCUAUCUACCAUGGCAAGGAACAGGAGCCAAAGGAGGUCCUUUGCCUGUCCGGACUGUGGUAAAGUCUUUGGGAGGGAGCAGAGACUGAUGUUCCACAUGCGGAUCCACUCUACCGAGAGGCCCUAUACUUACCGGAGGCGUAAAACUUGCUUUUAUGGGGACAAGAAACGGAAGAAGAAGUUACGUGGCCUUUCCAAGACAUCCAGAGAGUUUAUAGAGGACCUGUCUGACACUUCGGAGCAGACAGAGCAGAGUAAUGGAUCGGCGAACGCCGGUAUCUCUGCAAGCGCUGGCCCGUCUGCUCCAGAAGUAGAGCCAAGCGAGGCAUCAGAUGAAGCCAGUGAACACACCACCAGCAGCAGCAAGCUCUCAGAGACCAGUGCAGCCAGAUCUGUAGGCCUUAAAUCUAAGCAAGGAAGAGAAAAGUCCAAGACAGCUCAGUGUCUGCAGUGUAACAGAGCCUUCACUAAUGUAUCACGGCUGGCGGUUCACAUGAAGACGCACAGCAAGCCACUGCCCAGUCAAGAUGAACAGAAUCUACAGGGAGACACUGAAAGCGGAUCACAACAUCUACCAAAGGUAAUAAGAAACAAUGAAACGGAGGUGGAAAAGGCAAAAGCGAUAGGUCAGAGGCUGUUUCAGUGCCCCGAGUGUAAGAAGAUCUUUGCUCGCUCUUGUUGGCUCACCUUCCACUUGAAGUCACACGAACGAGAACGUAAGAGGCAGAAAAAAAAGCAGCUUCAAAAUAACAAGCUGAAGGACGUGCCCCAGGUCUCAGAAAAGCUGAAGAAAGACGUAGCUACUGACAGCAGCAAAGUUCACGUACUAAAGAAAAUCUUUGCUUGCCCGUACUGUGAUAAGGUUUUUGCUCGAGAAGGGUGGCUUGGACCACACAUUCGCAGUCAUACACUUAAGAAUCAAAAUAAUGACGUAAUUUCUGAUGGCAUCGUGCCGAAUUCUACUAAGAGAAGGACUCGGCGUGUUGUUAACAAGGCAUCAAAAGAAGGUGGCAUCGACCAAAAGCAAAUCACUGAACAGUCAUUAAGAGAAACUGAAGAUUUGGAAAUGGUCAAUGAACAACCAAAAAACAAGACUUCUGUGUCUAAAAAUAUCACUGUGGACUUAAUAACCAACCCAAAAUCUGAAACAAUAAUCACUAAUAACUCGGAAGAUGGCAACAACAAAUCUGAAAUCCUCAGUAAUGAAACUGAAAAACUCACAAACAUAAUAACAGAAGAAUCGUCACCAGUCCCUGAGGAACCGACGCCAGCCCCUGAGGAAACUUCAGGACAAAAAGAAGAAGUCAAAAAAUCUAAAAAACGAUUUCCGUGUCGAGAAUGUGGCAAAGUUUAUUUGCUAGCCGGUUGGUUAAAGACCCACAAGAAGAUGCAUAAAAAAGAGAGAAUUCUGGAGGAGAACAGAAGACGGUUGAUGAUGAAAGAGUUUGGGCAAAAUGACAAGAAAGAAGAGGAACAGAGCCUUGUGGAAACAGAUGUUGUUGAAAAGAAGCAAAAGAAGAAAAAGAAGACUUUGGGACUUCAGGAAAGUCUUGAUGACAAAAAGAAGAAAAAGAACCAGCUUACAAAUGCUGUGCUGCUGGAGACUAUGGAUAACUCUUCAGUUGUCCAGACAGCCGCAGACAAAAGCAAAGAAACUGGUGGUGAAACUCGCGGCCAAUGCGUCUGCAAAGACUGCGGCAAAGUGUACGCUAGAAAAAACUGGCUGAGCUUGCACAUGCUCGGCCACAGAAAAGCACUGAUGGCCUUGCCCCAAAAAGCAAAUGACAAGGCCCCGAAAAGUGACAGCCAGACGACAGAAGAAGGAUCAGCCACAGAAGAUUCUAAAGGUCAAAAAGGAAAAGACGGUAGUAAAGCAACAUUUCCUUGUCCAUUUUGUGAUAAAGUCUUUCCCCGGGCAAUGCGGCUGAUGGUGCACAUGCAGAUCCACUCAGGAGAGAAACCGUAUUCCUAUCGACAGCGCAAAGAACAGUUUUACAGUGAGCCAACAAGACCCAGAGUACCAGAUACAGACAAACAGGAGCCUACAGUAGAAGGCAAUGAUGAAAAGGGGAAGGAUGGAGGAAACGAGGUGACUAGGAGUCAGACUUCUGCAGUGUCGCAAGACCAUGCAAGCACUACAGAGCCUGUGGAAACCGUUCAACCUCAAUCAGUUUGCACUGGCAGAAAAUUCAGCCUCCUUCCUCUGCAGUCAUCUGUUGCUGCUACCAUCCACAGCACAGCUCUUACAAGAACCGAGACCAAAACAGACAGUAGUUUCAGUUUGCAGCCUAGAAUUGUUUUAGAUCCAUUUGUAGCUGAAGCCAGCCACUUGACAUCAUCUGAGGGGGGUGACUUUAAACCAGUAAUUGUGGAAACGAGUGACAUUCAUAUGCACCAAAUGCCUGACUUAGAAACCAAUUAUGCUGCUACAGGUGAGCAGGUGAAGAGUCCUCAUGCUCAAACUACACUUGAAAACUCAAACCCAUAUACUUGCCAAAACACCCUGGCUGAGACAGAUCAUCCAGAUGUUGUUUGUGUAAAAGUAGGUUUUCCUCAUACAUAUGAAGAAAAUUCCUUCUCUAAAAAGCUGCUUUUCAGUUUAGAGGACCAACAGAGCUCAGAGUCUUCAGAGUACCGAAAGUCUGAAAUGUGUCUAAGGAAGGGUCAGGUAGAAAGCAGAGAGUACUCUUUGCUUGAUGUGAAGCAGCACAAGGGGUUCUGUGACACAGAACAUUUGGAAAUGGAUGUAGAAUCACAACAGUCUGGAAGCCAAAUCAAUACCCAUAGGACGUCAAGGUGUCUUGGCGGUGUAAAAGCUAAAAAUAUUCCACCCCACUCCGGAUAUCAAAAAUAUGGCAUUGAUGGAGCUUGUUUUUCUGAUACAAAGUUUACUGACAUAGAUUUGACAACCGAUCCAGAAGUUAAAUCAAGUUCCAGUGCACUAGAGCAAGUGUCUCAUACCGAGUCAGGCUACAUGAUCCUCUCAGAUGUUAGUGAUGAUGACGAGUGGGCAAACGUGUUCAAUAACCCUGAUGAGGAAGGGAGAAAAACCUUGAAAAUAUAUACGCCACUGUCUGAGGGGUCAGCUGAUGCAGGAUCCGUCCCUAGCUCCUCUCACAAAACUAGUGACUCUAAUUCUACUGUAACGUUUAUGUUAGAAAAGACUGGUGACCAAAAUGUCCUCAAUGGUCCACUUACUUACAGAGAUGAGCUGGCAGCCACUUCUGUCCAACAAACAGAGGAGCCAAGUUCCACAGGGCAAAAGAGGUGGUUUACAUGUUUGGCAUGUGGUUUAUCAUUUGCUGGUGAGGCCUCAUUGACACAGCACAUGAAGGUGCACACUGUGUCGACGGAAACCUACCAGAAGUCAAACGCCUUCAAGACACUCAAGAAGAGGGUCAAGAACAAUGAAACAAAGCUUAAACAAGACGUUGUCCAAGUUCAGACAUCAGAAGUAGGUAGUGCUGAUUCAAGAGACAACUCUGAAAUCUCAGGAAAAAGCGACUCAACACUCAUAAAUUUUAAUAAGUUACCUGGAAGUUGCCCAGACUUUGGUGCAACCAGUCGAAGUUCCAGAGCGGACUCAAAGACUGUUGACAGGAAAUCAAAGAAAGAGAAAGGAACUCUGCACUGUUGUUAUUGUGGGAAAGCUUAUGAAAAAAUAGAACUGCAUCUUCUGCAUGAUCACCCAGAGGAACCUAAGGUGAUAGAAGCUUUGCAUUGUAGCAACACCUUAGAAGAAAGGAAGAGGUUAUUGAGCGUUCUUUGCAGUCACAAAAAACUGAAACCUACUAGAAACAACAAGGAUGAAGACCUUGUUCGUUGUAGCAUUUGUCAGGGGUAUUAUCAACAAAAUCACUUUUGGAAACAUGGUUUAAUAUGUCAGCAGAAACAAUCAAAAGAUCUGUUCAUUCAUACAGAACCUGGCAGAGGAACUGAUCUUUCCGACAAUAACCUAAGAUCAAGCUUAGCACAGAAAACCUUUCAUCCAGAAUCUGGGAAUCUCAUCAAAGAUAUCUUCUCCAGUUCUGUACAACAGACUAUUCCAGAGUCAGUGAAGCAUUCUUCAGCUAAAGCAGAACACCACACUACACACUAUUUAUAUUCCGUUUCAGAAAGUGGCAGGACUUACGUAAACCCGAUCCCUGAUCACGGAUCAGAAAGCCUGUCCAUUAUAUACACAGGUAACAGCUCAACAAUGGUGAACGUUGAUGCAAAAUCUUCUGGACCACUUAUUCUAGACUCACAUUGCAGUGCACUUGAGUUUCCUGGUAUUCCAGUUCAGGAGUUUUGCCCCCGCAAUGUACAAGAAGCUCUUGUCAAGAAUCAAAUAUUAACACCAAGAACAAAAGGCAUUUCAGAAGAAGAAUGCCAGUCCGCUUUGGAACCUGAAAACAGGCUCAAUAACAUUCUACAUCCACAUACCCCUGUUUUUUACCUCUUAAACACUAGGAACAGCAAACUACAGCAAAACCCUGAGCAGGAUGGCCAGAGUUCCUCUACAUUAGCAUUAGAUUUCAGUGGAAAACCUGCUACUCCUCAAGAAACGGUUAGCCACAUACAUACUGGCAGCAUUGAUUUACUCCCAACCACUAAUCUAAAAUCAGACUGGACUGCCGUAUCAACUGUACAUGUGGACUUGGAGCAAAACCUUGCCUCUAAUACAGAACCAGAGAGAACCACCAUAAUGAUGCUAGAAGUUAGAUCAGAGAGGAGUGACCAAAGUAAUUCUCAUUCAGAAUCAACAAAUUGUCUGGUUGCAAACAUUUUUAGCAGCGAGGCACAGGAAAUUGCCCAUCCAGAAACAGGGAACAUUUCCAUACAAGUUUUUGGAAAUGAUGAACAUAGAUCCUCUGAAGUAGAAUCACACUGGUGUCUAAUUCCGAGUCAUAUUCCUAGAGAAAAACAACAUGCAGCCAAUUCAGAAAUGUACAAUGCAGCAAAUAAGCAGGUUGACACUGAAGGUCAAAACAGAGAUGGCACAGAAGAGGGUGAUGCGUGUACAGUCCAAGACAGUGAUUUAAAACCGCUUGGCUUAAAUUUCACCGCAACUGUAAAGAGGAGAUGGGACAGUGGGAGCAGGGAAACAAAGAGAAGACGACAAAGUGACCCCUUACAGCAGACAUCAACAGAAGAGAGAAAAGCAUCACCAGUCAAUUCCCAAACUCCCGAGAUGAAGUGUGGUUUACAAAUAUCUGAUGUCUGGAACAGUUUAAAAAACACUAGAAGAAAAGCUAAAAUAAAGCUGAAGAAAAAACAUUACUGCUUAUAUUGUAAGAAACCUUCCAUCCGAAUGGCACAGCAUCUGCUAUCAGCUCAUGCUAAUGAACCAGAGGUGGCAAAGGCCCUUAGUUAUGACAAGAAGUCAAAAGAAAGGAAACAGUUGCUGGAUCUUCUGCAGAGCAAAGGAAGCCUCUUACACAAAGAUGAAAUAAGGAUGAGCAGAACUUUAAGUGAAGAGCUACUAACAGCUAAUCAAGCGAGUUCACCUAACUCGCAUGUGUCAUGUAAAGCCAAACAGGAAAAGCCUAAUGCUGAAUGUCUUAGCAGCCAUGUUUCAGACACUCAACACAGUGCAGCACAGCUUUAUGCUGACACAGAAUCUGCAGCUUCUACCUGUGAAGACUUCGAGUUAGUCAAUGAGCAACUAUUUGCUGAACUUGAAUCACACGAUUUCACUCCAGACACCAGAAAAGAAGACAAUAUGAACAAAAACACAACCUGCAGCUCUCCAGGUGAUGAUCAGACUGAAACUAGCAAGAGCGAGGACAAGGAAACUGAUAAUGAUCUAAACAGCCGGAACGGACACACGCUAGAGAACAGGAGGAGGAGCUCUCGUACUCAAGCUCGGCCAACAAGAUUAAAGUACAGCUCUUUACAUGAAGUGGAGAGCACGUCGCACAUCUCAAAAGCACACGUUUGUCAGCACUGCGGCGCCAGCUUCUGUAGACCCUUCAACCUCCGCAGACAUGAAUACACUCACACAGGUGAAAGGCCUUUCUGGUGUAGUGAGUGUCAUAUGGGCUUCAUUCAGAAAUAUCGAUAUCGAAACCACAUGAUGAUCCACCAUGGAGACACACAGUCACACAGGAUGGAUCCAUCAAGAAGGUGCAAAAACCGAUCUGGAAGAAAGAAGCCGGUGGACAAUGAGCUCCAUCAGCAGCAUUUGGACGACAGCAUUGCAGCUACAUCUGAGCCUCAGAGCAGCGCUCAGGAAAGACUUGACUUGACAGAGGUAAAACAACAAAGCAAAAAAAAACAUGUACCUUUGUAUCCCACAAAGCAUAAAAUGAUAGACUGCUAAGCAUAUUUAUGGUAACAAAUCAGUCCCUCCAGGAUUUUCACAGAACUUAACGCAAAACCAAGCAAGCUCCAUAAUAAUCUGACGCACUUGCAAUUUUUCAAAAUGAUCACAGAUUUUCUAUAGAUUUGGCUGGAGACCUUUCUUCUUGUAGCUUCAUCACAACACAUAUUCAACCAAAGCCCUCUUUAAUUUACAUGCAUUUACAGAAAUUAAUGAGUUGAAAGAUAAAGGAAUUGAAAGAAUUCACCAGUUUAAGAAGUGUUCACUAAAAAAUAAA